GGGCUGAGGAGGGGUUCGAUGGUUGUGUUAUCAGAAUACCUAGGCGCCUUAUAAAAAAGCAACGAGUCCCCUUCCAGUCCUGCUAUACUCUCACUGUCUGCUACACACCAGAUUGAGUGUUGGAAAUCAUUUUUAUUAAAAAAGUAUCUCUACUCACACAACAAUGCCUAGAGUUCUUCUUUCUGGUGGAAGUGGCUUCAUUGCUGCUCAUAUUAUUGAUAUUUUGUUGGCUCACGGAUUUGACAUCGUGACUACAGUCAGAUCUGACGAGAAGGGGCAGAAGAUUCUCGAUAACCACCCCAACACACCAAAGGAGAGACUGUCCUAUGUUAUCGUGAAGGAUGUUGCUGCGGAUGGAGCAUUCGACGAGGCUGUCAAAGCUACCCCUCCAUUCGACUAUGUCCUCCACACUGCAUCCCCAUUCCACUUCAAUGUCGAGGACCCUGUUAAGGACUUCUUGGACCCUGCAAUUAAGGGAACGACUGGUAUUUUGAAGGCUAUCAAGGCCUAUGCACCGACAGUGAAGCGAGUUGUCAUCACAUCAUCUUUUGCUGCAAUUGUCAACCCAGGAAAGCACCCCAAGGUAUACAACGAGGAGCAGUGGAACGAAGUGACUUGGGAAGAGGCUAUGGACCCAUCUAAGGUGUACAGAGCUAGCAAAACCUUCGCAGAGAAAGCGGCCUGGAAGUUUGUUGAGGAAGAGAAGCCAAGCUUCGAUAUUGCGACAGUCAACCCUCCCCUCGUUUUCGGGCCCAUUGUGCACUACCUGAACUCUCUCGAUGCCAUCAACACCUCGAACACACGGAUGAGGAACUUCGUCCAGGGUGCCUCCAAGGAUAGCCUCCCACCUUCAGGUACAUUCCUCUGGGUGGAUGUUCGUGAUGUUGCGCUGGCUCAUGUGAGAGCCAUUGAGGUCCCAGAAGCAGGUGGAAACAGAUUCUUCGUCACCAAUGGCUAUUUCACCAACAAGGAUGUUGCCGAUGCAAUCCGCGAGGCAUACCCAGAUUUGGAAUCUCGACUGCCCCCUAAGGACUCGCCGAGUGACUUGCCAGCCGACAUCUACGGAUUUGACAACAAAAAAUCCAUCGAGAUUUUGGGGCUUAAAUACCGCCCAUUGAAAGAAACAGUGACCGACACUGUCAGAUCGCUGCUGGAUGCUGGUGCCUAAAUGUAUUUGGAUAGACGAUUUUAUGAUUUAAUUGUUUGAUCUCCGACUGUGAUUAAACAAACGAAUAAAUAUAAAUGCAAAUAGAUAAAUUCAUCCAUUGAUUCCAAAA